AUGUCAGAUUCAAAAGAAGAUCGGUUGGCUAAAAAGAGAUUGCCUGAACGACGUCGGAAAGCUCGCGUUAAGAGUGAUCCAGAGCUUUACGCAGUGCACAAAGAGAAAGAUAGACAACGGUAUUAUAAAAGGAAGAAUGAAGGAAAGAUAAAGUCUGUAAGUGAAUUAGAUCCUCGUCAACAACGAAUUUUUAGAGAGAAAAGUAGAAUAUCUUCCAACAAACACAAUUUGAAAAGAAGGUGUAAAGAGAUGAGGUGUCUUGAAGAGGAUUUAAUAAUCGUACCAGAAGUAACCGACAAUACUGACGAUCCUUUGGUGACUUCACAAUCACAAACAAUACGAUCAGAAUUGCUUCAAACUGAAGCAAGUUCCUAUGUUGAUUUGCUACCAUCAAGUUCAUCCGUCGUUUCAUUUACUUCACCUCAGCGUAUUAAGGCUUAUCGAGGCUCGUCAGCACCAUUGAGUUCGUCUAGUGACGUAAGUAAAAUUUCAAAGCCACAAGAUCAUCAGUUCGUGUGA